AUGCGUGGUGAGCUCCACUUGGACCCAGGACCCGAAGUAUGCAGGGCCAUCACGCACGGCCCAGAAAUCUUUGAAAUUCCCUUCGAAUUUCUUUCAAUCCCGGCCAGUGUCUCAGGAAUGGAGCAUUCGACCAAUCCGUCUUGGAUCCUGAUUCCGUGGCGUUUGGGGCGCGACCUGAGCAAAGAAGCGCUUCUUUACACUGCUGCCUGUUUGUUAGCCGUGUUCAAGAUCGAGCCUGUGAAGGAUCAGAAUGGCGAAGAUAUCCCGCUCGAGCUGAAGACUGGGAUAAUAUUAUACCGGCGAAAUGAGAAGUUCGAUUGUUAA